AUGCCGCACCAAGAUCCCAGCUCAAAUCAGCGAGCAACAGCGCUGCCGCCGCUUGAGCAAGGGGAGCAGCAGCAGCAGCACGAGCGCAAGCAGCACGAAUGCAAGCAGCAACACCAGCAGCAACAGCCGCCGUGGCCCCCAGAAGAUGUCCAGGCCAUCAGGAAGUUGCUACCCGUGUUGAUGCCCGAGGAGGAGGAGCAUGUGCAGCACAAAAUCCGCGCCGCCAAGCGCGCGGCUCGCAGCGAGCUCAGCGUGUCGCGCGGCGAGUGGCGGCGGCGCGGGUACGCCCAGGACCCCUCCGCCCUCAGCACAGAGGGGCUGGUGGACGAGGUCCCUCGGAUCCACAUCUCGGACAUCACCCCGGAGGAGUUUGCCGAGCGCUUCGAGCGCCCGCGGCUGCCGGUGGUCAUCACGGGCCUGAUGGACGGCUGGGGGGCGGCGCGGGGGUGGACCAUCGAGGAGCUUCUUCGGCGGUUUAGGGACCACAAGUUCAAGGUGGGCUCCGACGACGACGGCUACGCCGUGCGGCUGCGGUUUGAGCACUUUUUGAGGUACUGCUCCGACCCUGACCACUCACAGGACGACAGCCCCCUGUACAUUUUCGAUGGCACGUUUGGCGACAAGUCGAGGCAGAGCGCCCCCAUGGCGUCUGAUUACCGGGUGCCGGACCUUUUCGCAGAGGACCUGUUUCGGCUGGCAGGGGAGCGGCGGCGGCCACCGUACAGGUGGGUCGUCAUCGGCCCGGCGCGCAGCGGCAGUGGCCUCCACAUCGACCCCCUGGCCACCAACGCCUGGAACGCCCUGCUGUCAGGCCGCAAGCGCUGGGCGCUCUUUCCGCCCGGCACGCCCAAGCAGCUCGUGCUGCCCAAGGAGCCCGGGCUGGGGCGCGAGGCGGUCUGCUGGUUCCAACGCGUGUUCCCCCGGUGCCUGGCGCCCGGCUGGCCGACCGCGCGGCCGGUCACCUGCAUCCAGGCGCCCGGCGAGACCAUGUUUGUGCCCCACGGCUGGUUCCACGCGGUGCUCAACCUCGACCUCACUGUGGCCGUCACACAUAACUACUGCGGGUCGGCAAACUUUGAGGCGGUCUGGCGCCACACGCGGCGGGGCCGCCCCAAGCUCAGCGUCAAGUGGCUCGCCGCCCUCAGGGCGGAGCGGCCCGACCUCGCGACUAAGGCUGACGUCAUCGACGGGUCGGGCGACGUCGGCUGCGCCACGUCAGACUCGUCGUCGUCGUCUUCAUCGUCUUCGUCAUCGUCGUCGUCGGAUGACUCCAGCAGCAGCAGCGAGAGCGAGGGGGAGGGGGAGGCAGGUGCGCGGCAGCGGCACGGCGGCAGCAGCGGCAAGCGGCGGGCGGAGGAGGGCGGGCAGCCGGACGCGAAGCGGCCGUGCGAGGGCGAGGGCGGCGGCGCCGGCGGCGCGGGUGGCGGCGCUUGA